AUGUGUGGGGAGAACCAGCAGAUGGAAGAUUAUUCUCUCUGCCUCUCCAUUCUGAAACUGAACUUGGACAUCCUACACAAGUUCCAGAAAGAACUCUCUUGUGCCAUCUGCCUCAACUACAUGACGGACCCAGUCACCAUACACUGUGGGCAUAGCUUUUGCAGGCCCUGUGUCUGCCUGGCAUGGGGAGAAGCCAAAUUGCCUGUCCAAUACCCAGUGUGCAGAGAACCACCACAAAAGGAAGACUUCACAACCAAUGUUCAUUUGAAGAAUCUGGUUUCCAUUGCCAGACAAGUCAGCAUCCAGGACUCCCAGAACUCUGAGGAGGACAUGUGUGGCACCCACAAGGAGACCAGGAAGAUAUUCGGUGAAGAAGACAAGAGCCUGCUCUGUGUGCUCUGCUCUGACCCUCAGGAGCAUGCUGGUCACAGACACUGUGCCAUUGACAUAGCUGCAGAGAAUAGCAGGGAGAUGCUGGUGAAGCAAAUGAGAUCAUUUUGGAAACAGAUGCAAGAAAACCAGAUGAACCUGAAUGAGGAGAGCACAAUACUCUCUGAGUGGACGCUGUAUGUGUCUCGGCAGAGAGAGAAUAUCAAGGCGUCUUAUGAGAUGCUACAUCCAGGCCUGCAUCAGGAUGAAAAACAACACAUGGACACACUUCAAAAACAAGAGAACAGCAUUAUCCAAAAACUUAAGAAAAGCAAAGCCAAAAUGGUUCUAAAGAAGAAAAAGCUAAGACAAAUAUAUGAAGAACUGAUGAAAGUGUACCAUCAACCAGACAUGGAGCUGCUCCAGAAAUUGGGAGGACUACUGAAAAGGUAUGAGUCAUUGCAGCAACAGAUGCCCCAGCCUGUGCACCCAGAGCUCAGGGCCCAGUCCAUAACCGGCCUGAUAGACUGGCUCAGGCAGUUCCAAGGUUUUGUUGUUACUAAGUUCAACUACUGUGCAUAG